AUUAUCCAGGAACCUUGCUUUGGGAUUACCUGCCAUGCCACAUCCCAAUACUUGGAAUACUGAGAGCAGCAAUGGCGGCACUACAAUACUUGGAAUCUCUACGAAAUGAGCAUCCAGACCUUUCUGAUUGGCACACUAAGCUUGCAGAUCUGUACCAACGCAAGCUCUGGCACCAGCUUUCUCUCAAGCUCGAACAGUUCGUCGUUCUUGCUGUUUUCCAGGCUGGUGACACACUGAUACAACUGUAUCACAAUUUCAUCACUGAUUUUGAGACAAAUAUCAAUCUUCUGAAGCUUGCACAUUUCGCUGUAACCAUUUCUAGACAAUACUCGGAGAAAGAAGCUGCAAUAGGUUACCUGGAAGGAGCAGCUGAGAAACUUCUAAAUACUAAAAAGACACGCAUAGAGGAGCCAAAAGUUUAUACUAAGUUGCAGAUUGCCCUAUUUAAGAUUGAGCAAGUGGACCAAAAAGAGUGCAAGAAGCUUUUAGAAGAGGGGAAUGCUACACUUGAAAGCAUGACGGAUGUUGACCCCUCUGUUUAAGCUAGCUACCAUUGAGUUUCAUCACAGUAUCAUAAAACUCGGCAGGAGUUUGCAGAAUUUUACAAACGUGCUCUACUCUAUCUUGAAUACAUUUAAGGGGACUCUCUUUCGGAGUCAUUCAAGCUGGAUUUGGCGUUUGAUAUGUCCUUAUCAGCAUUACUGGGAGACAGCAUAUACAAUUUCGGGGAGCUGCUUGCUCAUCUAAUUAUAAACAGUUUCGUACGGACACAGUUUGAAUGGCUAUAUCAUAUUCUUGAAGCAUUCAACACUGGUGUAUUAGCUUUUUACAGAUGCAGCAUUUGCUCUAUUAAUAUUAAAGAUAAUUAAGAAAGUCUAAAAAAAAAAAAAAAAAAACAGAGA